AGGGGGAGAUACAACGAGAAGACACUUGAGGAAAGUUGGCGCUCGCAUGGACGAGAGGGAAGAGGCACUCGGAGGAGGAGGAGGGUGGAGAGCGAGAGAGCUGCUGCUGCUGCUGUUGUCGUGGCAGAGGCGGCGGUGCGAUCACGAAGCAGGGAGCCGGGCGAGAGCCACCCCGCCCACACCCACCCAGCCGGCGGCGUCCGUGCCCACCGCCGUUUCGACGGAGACGGAAAAAACUCUUUAACACGCAGACGCACAGGCAGGCAGACGCACACACACACAGGCAAGAGACACACACACAGGCAAGAGACACACACACAGGCAAGAGACACACACACAGGCAGGAGAUACACACACACACAGACACACACACACCCAGGCAGAAGUUGUGCAGCAGCAGCAGGAGGAGGAGUGAGAGAGAGGAGGAGGAGGAAGAGUGGGAAGGGAAGUUACUCGCUCGGCUCGCAGCUGAGCGCCGCGCUCGGCUCGCUCCGUCCUCCGUGCGAGGGGCGAUUUCCACGAUCAUAGAGAACAAUAAAGCGACAACAACAACAGCCACAAACAACAACGACGACAAAGCGAGAGCAAGUAUUACAACUUGUAGCGCGGUUUAUUGAACGCGCAGCAAAAGCAGCAGCAGCCAGAGCCAGCAGCACCAGCAGAAGUAUCAUCAGCAGCAUCAUAAGCAGCACUUUGUCGGCACGGUGUUUAUGCAGCAGAGUUCUCAGGAUGAUGCGCCCGGCACCAGGACAGAACUACCCCCGAAGCGGCUUCCCGCUGGAAGUGUCGACCCCUCUGGGCCAGGGUCGCGUGAACCAGCUGGGAGGAGUGUUCAUCAACGGGCGCCCCUUGCCCAACCACAUCCGGCACAAGAUCGUGGAGUUGGCCCACCACGGCGUGAGACCCUGCGUCAUUUCCCGCCAGCUUCGCGUCUCCCACGGAUGCGUCUCCAAGAUUCUGUGCCGAUACCAGGAGACCGGAUCCAUACGGCCCGGGGCCAUCGGAGGCAGCAAGCCCCGGCAGGUGGCGAGCACCGACGUGGAGCGAAAAAUCGAGGAGUACAAGCGCGAGAACCCGGGUAUGUUCAGCUGGGAGAUCCGGGACCGCCUGCUGAAGGACGGCGUGUGUGACCGCGCUUCGGUGCCCUCGGUGAGCUCCAUCAGCCGCAUCUUGCGCGCCAAGUUCGGCAAACGCGACGAGGAGGAGGAGGAGGGGGCCGAGAAGAAGGACUUCGGCGACGACGGCGACAAGAAGGCCAAACACAGCAUCGACGGCAUCCUGGGAGACAAAGCAGGCAGCACGGUGGAGGACAGCUCGGACGUGGACUCCGAGCCGGACCUGCCGCUGAAGCGCAAGCAGCGCCGCUCGCGCACCACCUUCACGGCAGAGCAGCUGGAGGAGCUGGAGAAGGCGUUUGAGCGCACGCACUACCCGGACAUCUACACGCGCGAGGAGCUCGCCCAGCGCACCAAGCUCACGGAGGCGCGCGUGCAGGUCUGGUUCAGCAACCGGCGCGCCCGCUGGAGGAAGCAGGCCGGGGCCAACCAACUGGCGGCGUUCAACCACCUCAUCCCGGGCGGCUUCCCCCCGGCCAGCAUGCCGGGCCUGCCGCCGUACCAGCUGCCCGAGGGGCCCUACCCGGGCUCCGGCAUCCCGCAAGUGGACACGGGCACGACGGUACACAGACCGCAGCCCCUUCCGCCCUCCUCCAUGCACCAGGGUGGUGGCCUGGCCGGCGGGGACGGCGCCGGAGCCUACGGCCUCUCCUCGAACCGCUCCGGCUUCUACUCGGACAGCUUCAUGUCGGCCGCGUCAGCGCCGUCCAACCACAUGGCGCCCAUGGCCAACGGCCUCUCCCCGCAGAUGAUGGGAAUUCUGGGCAACCCGUCGGCCAUGCCCCCGCAGCACGGGCAGGAGUACUCGCUGUCCCCGCUGCCCUCCUCCGGCCUCGUCGACCACUCCUCGGGCCUCUCCGCCAGCUGCAGCCAACGCGGCGGCGGCGGCGGCGACGGGAUGAAGCACGGCGACGGCCUGCCGCCCUCCCAGGCCUACUGCCCCGCCACCUACGCCGCGGCCGGAUACGGGCUCGAACCCAUGCCCGCCGCCUACCAGUACGGCCAGUACGGACAGACUGCCGCUGACUACUUGGCCAAGAACGUGGGCCUGGGCGGCCAGAGGCGGCUCAAGCUCGGCGAGCACUCGGCCGUGCUGGGACUGCUGCAGGUGGCGGAGACGGGGCAGGCCUACUAGACGAGGCCAUCCGCUGCCACCCCUCGCCGGCACCUCAUCCGCCCCAACCCGCUCCUCCUCGCUCCCUCGCUCGCUCGUUCGCUCGCUCGCCCGGCCCCCGCACGCCUCCGUGCCGCUCGCCCAUUAACUCGUCCGCCGGGGAGCCGCGCGCGAGGACGCCGCUCCGGGCUGCUCCCUCCGAGUUCCUCGGUUCUUUUUGUCGUCGGUGUUUUUGAUUCGUCCAUUCCUGCCGUGUCAUCGGGCAACGUUUAGCAGAGGCGCCGGCGCGGGCCGCCCUCCCCGAAGCACCUGAGUGACGGCCUUGUCUCGGCGGCGCACAGGUGCCCAUUCCAGUUCGCAAGCCGCGUGCAUUUUAUGAACAAUUCAGACAUUCCCAACCACGGCGUCUCUCCAGUGAGCGUGGGGCGGUGUGCUCUUCUCUGCCGAUGGCUUUGAGCCGUUGGUGGAAAUUCCACAUUCCCGGGGCAGGUCCUGGUCUAUCGAAAUGGUGACCAAUUAUUAACUUCCCACAAAAUCAAUGCAGAACGUAACGCAGCUUCUUUACCCCAGAGCAGUCCCCGGAAACUGCCGGACCAAACGUGGGCGACCGACGCCACCACCGCCACUGCCCACGUGGGCGACCGACGCCGGGCGCUGCAAACCACUCCCCCCCACGGCGUUCAGUCGACCGCACGCCACCCCGGGGGAACUCGGCGACGCGCCUGCGGGCGUAGAGAACUCAUGGGUCCCCACCCUGCCACUACCACCUGUGAUGAUGAUGAUGGCGAUGGUAUUGGCUCGUUGGACAAAUAAUGACAAGGACAGCCGACGCUCUGUGCCGAGAGGGCGAGAUGCUAUCCGUGUUACCGAAUAGCAAAAGAAAACGGAAGCAAACAUUUACGGAAAAAAAAUGUUUAAACAAAAAGUUGCUCGAUAUGAUGGCUCAACGCAGUUGGAGAUUUGCAUCAACAGUUUGAGAAUGAAAGAGGGCCUUGAGAAGAUUUUUUUUUUUUAGACGAACAUAGCUGAAGGCGCCACCGCGUGAAUCGGCGUGAAAUAGUCGCCGAGGCGGCUGCACCGCGUCGCCAGAGGAGGAGCCUCAUCAGAAUAAUUCCCAUUACACACCUCCUCUUAUCGCUUCUGCGCCAUCGGGCGGGCGGGCGUGCACCACGUCUGAAAUACUGAACGCCUGUCGAGCGAGCGUCGCCUGGAAAUGGAACUUUCGGCGAGCGGCCACAGACCGCCUUCGCCGCGUCACGGCCGGCCGGCCGGCUGGCCUGUAGUCGGCGCUCACGGCGUGCGCCGCCUCUCCCGCGGACCAAGCCCUGGACUAACUUCUCAGCCAGCCUCGUCGCACGCCGGCCAAUUUGGUUGAGAGUUGUUUUUCCACUCGCGUCGCUUAACGCUUGCGCGCCAUUGCCGAUGUAAUGUGUUUGGCCGUGUCGGGUGGCGGGAGGGCCUUUUGACACGAAUUUGUGCAAACAUUUAUUCUGUAUUGGCUCCAACAACAAAAAAAUUAACCCUUGCUUAAACGCGUAAUAAGGUUCAACGCGGCGUUACCGGCGCCACAUCUCGGUACAAAUCAGUUUCCUGCCGCCCGACGGACGGUGCCAAUUCGCGGGUUGUCCGUGUCGACCCUGGAUGGGUGGCGGACCGAGUUCACGCCCUCCCCGCAGCGUCCAUGAUCUUCUCGCUGCCGGUUUCCUUUCCCGAUCGCCGACCAAAUUGGGGUGUCGUUUGGGAGCGAGCUUGGGGGUUUUUAUUCUGGCCACGAUUCUGACCGCGCCACACAGCGCGCAGGUUUCGCUCACCGGGAGAGAGCGGUGGGCACGUCGUUACCUCGUUAACCCUAACGAGGUAACGAAAUAACGACGAGCGGGCGGCCCGGCUGUCGGAAUGCGUGGAGGUGGGAGAGAGAGACGCACCGGGAACCGGGCGCUCCGCUCUGCAUCGCUCGGCGGGGUGCGAGACGUGGAGCUGUUCAGCUUUUUCAUUCCAUUUACCGAGCGUCCAAUAUUUUAUACGCUGUGUGUGUGUACGUGUGAGCACGCGUGUAUAUACACAGUGCGUAUAUAUGUAUGUGUAUGUACAUAUGUGUACAGCAUAUGCGUACGUGUGUACAUGUGCGUCUGUGUACAGUAUAUCUACACACGCGCGCAUGGCCAAGGUGCCAAUGUGGUAUGUUACGAACGUAUUAACAUUGGUGGUGCAGCAACAACAACAAAAAACGUCGUUUGAGAAAAUCACAAAAAAAUCAUCAGAAUUUUUCUCCUCGGACGGCCGCCUGCGGUGGCGUGGCCCCGAGUGGGCCAACAUCGCCACUGUCAUGGAGCAUCCCAGGGAGUUCCCCUCCACCCCGUGGUGAUUCGCGCUGUUCCAUUCUGGAGUGGGGGAGGGCGGAGGCCAGCGUGAUCCGGGUCUGGUUUACUGACUCAUCUCGUGUUGGGUGUGCUCGGGUUCAGAGGAAUUUAAUGGAACGAGAUCCAAAAUGACUUCUGCCUUGGUGAAUGGGGGAGCGUGUUGUUUUUAUUUGUUAGCGUUUGUAUGUGCACAAAGACAAAGAUCCCCCGUAUAGACUUAGCAGACUGUUGGGGCAAUUGCUAACUUUUGAAGGCUGGCACGGUACAAAAAGGGGUGGGUGGCCAACACCACGCCCGGGUUACUUUGUCUCCAUUCGUGGCGACCUCGGAGAGGUGCAGAACCGGUCCAGAUAAUCGUCACGGGUGUUGGCCGUGAGCGGGAAUCAAACUCGGGUUGCCAGGUUCGAUGUGCAGUGCGCUACGGCCAACACCGGUGACAAUUAUAUGAACCGAUCCUGGACCUCCCCAAAGUCGAUUCAGCCUGAUACGAGAUCAGAGAUCAAAUCAAGACGGAUACGAGUACCUGGUGCGGUGUGUUAAAACAUCAGCGCUGGGGAGACAAAGGCGGCCGGGCCUGAUGCGAGCCAACCCAACCCCUCGUGUGCCGUGCCGGCAUUCAUAAGUGUCGCUCGCUAACAGCACUUGCCCCCAACAGUCUCCUGAGGCCAUACAGGGGAUUUUUCUCUGUGUCUGUACGUACACGCGUGCGCGUUCGUCUGUUGGAAGUCAACGCGAAGCUGCCCACUUCGCCAGCGGCCGAGCGGCGACAUCCCUCCUCCCUCGUGGCACCCGCCGGCUCUUGUGAGAUAUAUAAAUAAAGACAUCACUGGUUCUAAUUCCUUACGGAACCUUUGGAGUUCCGCUGUCGAAACCGCAGCGAGACAACGUGAACCUGUAUUUCCAUUUGUUACAAAAUUAUUACCAAUUUUGGAUUAUGAUAUUAUUAUUGUAAAAGUUCCUUUGAUGCGGUUAGCAACAGCUUUUAGAAUGUAUAGAGGCGUUACUUUGCAAAUGUACAACAAUGUUGUUGUUCCGUGGGACUUGGUGGUGUGUCCACACGCUGUGUGUGCCGGAACGUACAGGAGGAGCGAGGUGGGUGAAUCCCCCCAUCCGAACUCUGCCGCAGUCCCACGUGCGGUAGCGAGACACACGGCCCGUGAUGUCUCGUCCCCCCCCCCGCCUGCGCGCGUGCGCGUGUGUGCUGUUCUUUUAUAUUUGUUUUGCUCGUAUUGUCCACUCCCGAGACGCGGCAAACGACCUUGGUGACACUGUAAAAGUUGUAAGUAAAUAUACUGUAUUAAACGAAGACAAACACUCCACACGCGUGACGUCUUUCGGCAUACCACAGGGCGAUGCCGAUGCCCAUCCUACUACGCCCGUGUGGGGGUGAUUUCGGGGGGGCUUAUUUAAGAGUGAUUAGUGGCUGCGAUGGACAUGGACCAUGCCGGUUAUUAUUUGAGUGUUUUUCUUUGACCGUUUGUACCGAGGUGAGACCGCCGCCCCCCGUGCCCCCCCCUGCCCCCCAGUGCCCCCCCCCCGUGCCCCCCGCGACACAAGAGCAGUGAUUCCGCCUCGCUCUUUGGCGUCAUCCAAACGGAAUCCCACCGAUCCCGGCUCCACGUGCCCCCCCCCCCCCACUGCCCUCUACCCCCCCCCCCCAUAAUCCCCCCGCCCCCCUCCCCCCGCGCCGUGCCUGUACAUAUAUGUCCCUGUAAUUUAUUCCGUGUUGCUAGAUGGUGUGUAUAGCAAGCUGCACUUGCAUCCCGGCUCCGCCGUCCGUCCGUGCGCCCCCCCGGUCUUGCCCUACCCCCUCCUCCCCGCCGCUGGUGGCUGCUGCCGCUGCCGCUCUCGCGACGACAUCACGGGGGGUGUGGGGGGGGGCUCCACCCCGGGACCCCCCCACACCCCACGCCUCUGUUUCUCUGUAAGCUCCCCCCUCCCCUCCCGCCCUGUCCACCACCCCUAUCCGCGUUCACAAAUAAAAACCAAGUCUUAAGCAUCGACCAA